AUGCGACGCAUAAGCAGUUAUUUCAAGCGUCCAGUGUUCGCUGCAACUAACGAAAGCAACCAAGACAUUCGCCAGGAGCCUCCAGCCCAGGAGCCUUCAGCCAAGCAUCCUAGUCCGGCCCCUCCGCAAUCUUCUCCUCUCACUGAAGUAUCGUCGUCUUUCUCAAAAGAUGGAUCUUCGACCCCAGAAAGGCCAGCGCAUGAACCACUUGCUUCGCUGACACCAUCUAUCCAUGACACAUUCAAGAAUGAGACAGAAAGUGAUAGCUCCUCGUCACCUGCAAGUCUGGUACCAGGAUCGAGCUUUAACUUCUCGCAGCGUGUUGUCCAGCACGGCAAAGAGGUCGUGAUGGGUUCUGAUGGAGAGGACACUGACUCCAUAGGCUCACUAGAGUCUCCCGCAGACCUUUUUAUGAGAUUCGCUAAACCGACCCAUUCUACAUCUUCAGAGCCUUCACGUCCUGGCCGUACAGUUUCGGCAAAGACCGACUCACUCGCCCGGCUGGAAAAGCCUGCCCCAUCGUACAAGAAUAAUCUUGACUCCCUCGUCACUGCCGCGGUUGAUGAUCAGGAGACUGAGGCUGGUAUCGCUAAGCUAAGGGCGUCUUUCGACAGGGCGGCUAAUGAAUCCACCCGUCGGAGGGGACAGCUACAUGAAGGGAUUCUAACGUCAGCUCUGGGCGACAACGAUGACGAGAUGGACAUGCAACGUCUGCUUCACGCUCUACGCAGAACAGAUGCUUUUGAUCCGACUAAGGCUUGGCACUUCUUUGAUUUCAAGGACGAGUUGCCUCCUGUACUUGAAUUUCCGGUAGAAUGUAUUAGUCCGAGAUCGUAUCUGACCUCGUUAACAGCUCAAAGCUCAUUCGUUUCAGCAAAUCAUUCGAGGGAGAGAGCUUUUCAUUCUGGUAUCGUUGAUUUUGCUCUCUCCAGGUCAUUCUUGCCGGACGAGGUGAUCUCAUGGAUCUUCCACUCCAUACCGAUAGAGCCACAGUACAGUAUCAGACAUGCGUACUGCAGGGCUAUAAAGAACACAAAUGCUAAACAUGUUAAGGCCCUCAUACGGCCAGAUGACUUUCGCAUACUCUUCAAACGAUUAGGAGCAAUUCCGAAUGCAAUAGAUAUUCACGAACAGAUCGUUCCAGAUGCGGAUCCCAAAGAUUACCUCCAAUCUAUCUCCCGGCACCAAGGCUUAGUGUUGUCUGUCCUGGAUCUGAUCUGCGGGGCAGCUGAUUUAUUCGCAGACGACACCCGAGAAUACCUGUUGAGCGUUUUAUUCCGAAUGACGCUCGAUAUGACUCUUACAAGCGUCGCCACUAUCAGCUCGGAGAUUGAGAAAGCGAUAGUUACCGUCUUGGAGAGCUCUUCGGAGGAAACAGCGGAGGACUUGAUACAUCGCGUUUGCACCACGACACUCAACACAUUCAAAGACGCAACAUUCCAAAGCCGCCUUCUCAAGCAUAUACUGCCGGAAGCUGACUGGAUCGCUCUCAUCCGAUGUCGUCUAGCCGUGUGCUUCUUACUCGACAAUCCAGCGCCUCUGUGCGAGCCACUAACCGAGCUGCUCAGCUUGACGCGAAUCACCGACAUCCUCAAGCGGGAUAUCUUUGACAUCAGGAAGUACAAAGGCAAAGACAAACCCGAGUACGACUAUGGAGAGCUUCUCGCCAUCACCUCCCUUCUCAACAUUGCUGUUGAUUCAGGCCGGUACCAGGCAGAAUUUGCGGACAGAGAAGCUGAAAAGGCAUUCAACACGCAGGUGGAUAUGGUGGCCGACCGUCUCAAGAAGGUCUUCAGCUUGAUCGAGGAUUCCGGUGCCUCCCAUCUAAAGCGCACACUGGCCAAAGAAGCCCUUGAGACCCUGCACUACCGUAUCGUCUAUAGCGUCAGGACAAGGCCGCGUCCGAAGAAGUCGAUCUACGGAACCAUUGAAGCCCGGGAGUAUGACCGGGAAGCCUUCAAAGGGUUCUUGCCGAAGAUCAAAGCUAGUGCAAUCAAAGCUGGCGCUGGGACAGAGAUACCAAUCCGACAACACGAGGCCCCUCCCCGGUGAAGCGUACGGUACCCCUUCUAUUUUCAUGCAUCUUCCGUGGCUAUCGCAGUCAUAGUUAGUGGAGUGGCGAAUCUCCCCAGUGCAUAUAAUCGCUGCAGCCCUCAUGCAGCUCUCGACGGCAUACUACCAGGUUAUAAGGAGCCGUCCCAAUGCGACCGGGGGUGAAUUACAGGGCUCGGGCUCCACCGCGACCUGCU